UUCAAGUGCUGGAUAAAUACACUGCAGACUGCAGGACAUCUGCCUCUUCCUCGUUUUAUCCUCUGCUCUGAGACGUCGUCGAAAGCUCACACAGACAUGAAUCCUCUGGGCUUCGCUUUGGUUCUGGGACUCCUCGGGGCGAUGCAGGCUCAGAGCAAUGUGCUGCGGCCUCUGUGCGACUCCCCCGAGGUGGAGGAGGCUGCUCUGGUGGCUCAGGAUUUCCUCAACAACCAACACAACCAUGGCUACAAAUAUGCACUGAACAGAAUUGAAGAUGUCAAAAUCUUAACUGCACCUGAUGGAAGCAGCACAUAUUUUCUGGAAAUUGAAUUACUGGAGACACAAUGUCAUGUGAUGGACCCCACUCCCGUGGCUAACUGCACAGUUAGGCCCAAACGUUUGACGGCAAUCGAAGGAGACUGUGAUGUGGUGCUGAAGAAGGUCAAUGACACCUUUACCGUCACAGCGUUCAAGUGUAAAACUGAAGAAUCAUCAGAAGACCUUUGUCUGGGCUGCCCCGAACUGCUUCCCUUGAACCACACUGCAGCUCUGGACUUUGUCCAUGCAUCCCUGUCAAAGCUCAACAACGAGACUGAAAAUGUAACCUAUACCUUAGUGGAUGUUGGAAGGAUGAGUUCACAGGUGGUGUCAGGUGGCCAUCAGUAUAUCGUAGAAUAUGUUUUCGUUGAGGCUAACUGUCUCAAUGAUACCUGCACGCCCCUUAAUGACACCAUGGCUGCUCGUGGAAUUUGCAUUGCAACUGGUUUUCAAACAGAUCCUGCUGUGAACUGCAAGAUGUUUUCCUAUCUGAUUCCCAUCGUUGAUUCCAACAGCACCGUAGCUGCAGAGCCUGCCUUGCCUCCACUUGUCCAUGUUCACUCUGGUGGUCACAAUCACGGCAGGAGUCACCACAAGCUAACUGCCCUCCAUGACCCUCACAUGAGCGGCCUUUUAUCUGCAGAGUCAGAGUCUGCUGAAACUGUACCUGUAGCCCCUGCUGUAAAAGUCGACGCUGCAGUCGCUGACCCCUCUUUGGCUCCGCCCACUUCUUCCUCCUCAGCUUCAGAUGAUUCAGCCAGCGUCGAGGUUCCUCUUUCUGUGGUGAAGAGAGCAGCUGAAGCACCUGCAGCUCCUGCUGCUCAGACAGACCUCGUUGCUGUCGUGCCCCCGUGCCCAGGGAGGAUCAGAUUUUUCUAGGCGUUCACGCACUAAGGACUCAAUAUUUGCUUCCUUCAUCUACGCUUGUGCUAGCAUCUGAUGUACAAAUACGCAUUGUGGUAGGUAGAUGUAAUGUCAGUAGAUCAAAAUGAGCAAUCUGCAGUUUGAAGUUGAAAUGGCAUGCAUUAUAGAGAAACUUGUUACAAAUGGUUGUAGAUUUGCAUGUAAUCUUUAAUAAAUUUGAAGACAAACCUGGUA